AUGAAAAAUGGAUGGUUUUUCUUCCUCGUUGCCAAAGUUCUAUUUAUUGGUGUUUUUGGAAAUAAUAAGAAAGUAGAUAACAUUGCUGUUCGACAAAUUUUGGUUUCAAAUUUUGUCGCUGAUAAUCGGGAAGUUUUGAAACAAUCCGAUGGUUCUGAUGAACGAUAUCUUUUCAAGGCUAUGAAUCAAAAUUCUUUGAUUCCGCCCGAAAGUAGUAGCUCACUACAAGACGAGAGUCAGAAAGGUCCAUUAGUACUUUCCGAUGCAAUCGGAACAGCAAAGUGUGCGUCCGGGUGGAUCAGAUGGGAGGGAAAUGGGUGUUGUUACAAGGAAAUGGGAUCUCCUACGCUUUCUUGGUAUGCAUCGGAAGAUUGGUGCUGGAACCAGAGAGCAGGUGCACAUUUGGCUUCUGUUCAUAGCCAAGCUGAAGCUGUGUGGUUGAACUAUCAGUACAAAGUUUGGUACUCAAAAAUGGACGACUGGAUUGGAUUGAGACGAAAUUGCGACAACACAGCUUGGGAAUGGACAGAUGGAACACCUGUUGAUUUUCUUUGGUGGCAACCAAAUUAUCCAAUCUAUGGAGGAAUCGAAGAUAGUUGUACUGCGAAAAUUCAAGGACCUGGAAGAUCUGCAGAUUUCAAUUCGGAAUGUGUGCGGUUGGGUGGAAAACUAGCAGAUGUCAGUGGUGCUGGAAUCAAUGAAGCUUUGAGAUUAGCCUUCAGCACCAACACAUUGAGUAUCACACUCGAAGAAGCUUGGAUAAGUGCAUCUGGAGGGUACAGCAAUUUGGCUUUUGGAUCUACAUCGUCCGCUGGAUCAUGUCUCACGAUAAUUCUUAGCCAAUCAGACAACGGAAUUUAUUCAAAACGAGGAGUUUGGAAAUCGUAUGCUUGUACAAGUGUGAAAGAAUUUGGUAUCUGUGAAAAAGCAAUAUGA